CAGAGGAAGAGAAUGGGAUAGAAGGAAUCGGAAGGGGCGAGCACGCAGCUCAAGUGGGGGAGCAGCAAGGCACGGGUGCAAAAGAGGAUCAGGAGAAGAGCAGCGAGCAAGGGAAGUUGGAAGGACAGAAAGAAACUCGUGAUUCAAGCGCACCGGGUCAUUGUGCUUUCGAGGCGAGCAAGAGGUGUGGAGCAGAUGAAGACUGUCCUGCAGGAGGAGGGUCUUGCGUCUUCUGGGCUUGUACGGGAGACCCAGAAGUGAGAUGCAGAGACUCUCAGGAUUGCUCGACCGUCGGGGGUGUCUGCACUGGUCCUGGUCAUUGUUCCAACAGCGUCAGCAGCGCAUGCGCAGUCGACAAGGAUUGUGGCGGCGAGGAUGACUUUUGCAUCGUGAAUGGCUUCUGUGAUUUCUCUCCGUCAACACCUUGCUCUGGCGACAUGGAUUGUGGAGAUGCUGGUGGAAGAUGUAUGAUGAAUGAUCAGGCAUGGUGGCAGGUCAAUCAGAACUUUCCUGCGGACAAAGACUUCGGACCCUUUCAAUCUUGGACAAGAUCUCAAUUGCUAGCCAAGAUUAAGAUUCUGAGGAAGAAACUAAGAUUUAUUCGGGGGGAUCUAGAGAAGCAAGUUCCUAUCAACACAGCAUUUGGAAACAACAUCACCAAACUCAAGGACGAAAUUCCGAAGAUGGGAUCAACCUUGCAGCGGGCAUUGCCCGCUGCUUCCGAUUCUCAGGAACUUUCGAGAAUUAGAAAGGAAAUGGCAAGAAGCUUCACAGCGAUAAGGAAGAGAGUAGUCGAUUUCAACUUGUCAAUGCACAAGUCUGAGGACGAACAAGAUCAGAUCCUCCUCAAGUUGAGCGAUCUUAACUUCUCUGAAGUCGCACCAGACAGUCUGUCUUCACCGUAUGCCACGAUCAACGAGUUGAGACGUGAGCUGGUGGAUCUGAACACGUCCAAGGCACAAGACAGCUUCCUGUCACAAGUCAACCGCACAUGGAAGCAAUAUCACGAUUGGGAAGACUAUGUCGACAAAACAAGAGAUGAGCAGUUUGGAAACGUUUUCAGGCUCAGCUUCAUCUCCAACUUACAAAAACUUCUGUACCAUUUCUUUAGUAUUAACGUGGUUCGCAAAUCACAGUUGCAAGUGAUCAAGGAGGAGAUCGACGACAUUCGAGACGCGGGCGACUCGGGGAGAAGCAACACAUGGAUGAGACUCAACAGGAUCAGAGAACAUCUUAACUACAGCCGGGUCAUGCCGCUUGUGACGAGGAUCGCAGAGCUCAACGACAAGAAUGAUCUUGCUGUUCGGAGCUUGCUGCGGGCGAUCCUUGAUAGAGCUCAGAACGGGUCAAGAGCGAACGUCACGUCCUGACUCACUUGUGUUAGUAAACGCCCGUCACAU